AUGGCGGCAAACCUACCAAGCAAGCAACACUGCACACACGAGCCGGAGGACUUCGGCGACAUACAGCAGCGUCUAAAUGCAAGUUUUGCCCGAUUCUGGAUGAAGUUGCUGGAAAGGAUGCAAACACCUAAGGCAAAAUCACAAACCCUACCCUACAGGGGUGAGCGGAACCAUAAGCGCAGGGUGAAGAGAGAGACACCCUUGAAUAACAUGGCGGCAAAACGGCAGCAUGUAAGUGAGACACAACACAUGCCACCCAACACCAGGCACCCCGAGCACCACCUAGUCUCACAGAAGUCCCACUCAUACAAGCGCCCCAAGCAAACUCCCCAGGCUCCCCGCCUGCGCACAGGCAUCAGACACCUGAACGCACAACACCGCGCCCUAGGCCUGGGGGACUGGACGAGACUCAACUCAGCAUUGCACCCACAUAAGAGCAGACAGCCGACACAGCAUGGGGAAACCCACGUCAGCACCCACAGAACACCCUGCAACCGCCCUGGGUUUGCCAAGCAGACACAAGAGGUACAUUGGAUCCCUGGGACCCGGCUGCAGGUGCUGAGAUCUGGAAUCGGCUAG